AUUUUUUUAAAAAAUAAGAAGGUGAACAAAUAAAUAAAGAUAAAAACUAACUCUUCCAUUUCAUAAUUUCUUCGACCUCACUCUCAAAAAUCCCGACAAUCCAAUCACUGGAUUUUCCGGGAAAUUGGAUGUGGAGUUAGGUAUAGCUUCUCAUUAAGAGAUAAUAGAAAAAAGAAGGAAAGAAAAACCAAAUCGGGAAAGUUGGGGGAGAAAGAGGGAGAAUGAAUAUGAAUUCAGGUUUGGAUCCAUCGAUGGCGUUACUGGCAGCAAGUGGAGGUGACACUGUCAAGCUCUUUGAUGUCUCGGUCAAGUCCGGCGAUCCCUGCGUUUUGAGCUACACUCCUUCUCCUGGCUCCCAUGUCAAUUCGCUUAAGUGGAACCACACCAAUUUGGUGGUGGCUAGUGCUGGAGAUGAUAAGAAGAUAUCCUUGUGGAAUAAGAAUGGGAAGAGCAUGGGCACCAUUCCUGUGGCUGGAACCGACAGUGGAGACAACAUUGAGGAGUCUAUAUUGGCUCUCAGCUUCAGUAACAAGGUUUCUAGAUACAUAUGUUCUGGUGGAAGUGGUCAGGUUGUAAGAAUAUGGGAUUUGCAAAGAAAGCGCUGUAUUAAAUGGUUGAGGGGUCAUUCUAGUACAAUUACGGGUGCAAUGUACAAUUGCAAAGAUGAGCACUUAGCUUCCAUUAGUGUUGAUGGGGAUUUAAUACUUCACAACCUUACAUCUGGUGCAAGGACUGCUGAACUCAAGGACCCUAAUGGACAGGUACUGAGAGUGCUUGACUACUCCCGGAUUAGCCGACACCUUUUGGUGACAGCAGGUGAUGAUGGGUCUGCUCAUUUGUGGGACACAACCGGUCGUAGCCCAAAGGUUUCUUGGUUGAAGCAGCAUUCUGCGCCAACUGCUGGUAUCAGUUUCUCACCAUCUAAUGACAAGAUGAUUGCUACUGUUGGGCUUGAUAAGAAGUUGUAUACUUACGACUCAGGGUCUAGACGACAUUCAUCUUGUAUUUCCUAUGAGGCACCUUUCUCUUCAUUGGCAUUUAGAGAUGAUGGCUGGGUACUGGCAGCUGGAACAAGCAGUGGUCGUGUGGUGUUCUAUGAUGUCCGUGGUAAACCAGAACCUUUCACCGUUCUUCGUGCUUAUAGUAGUUCAGAGGCUGUUACAAGUCUAUGCUGGCAAAGGUCAAAACCUGUCCUUGUAAACGAAAGCAAUUGUACUGUCGAGACCGCUCUUUUAGGAGAUGCUGUUGAAGAUUCAAUACUUAUGCCUGACCCGCUUCCUUCUGUGACCUCAUCAAGCCUUCCUCUAUCUAUGGGAGUAUCUAGUUCUCGAAAUCCAGGCCGUUCAAGUUUAUCUGUGGAGACAUCUUCAGUUACAGCAGCUGGCAGUGGAUUUACUUCAAGCACACUUCAUGUAUCUACUGCAGAGGAGACGCCACAUCGAGGCCAUUUAUGGCCAGGUGGAACAUUGUCUAGAUUGCAUGCUCCUCGAUCUACUUAUAACUUCAAGGAUGAUAUGGAGGUGUUCUCCCCUCUUGUGGAUGUCCAUCCAAUCACACCUACACUUGACAAGCUGUGGGAUGAUCAUGACAGAUCAAAGAAGGACCAUUUGCUUGCAGAUAAGAAGCCUUCCUCACUUUUGUUUCCUUCGUCCAGUAGGAGAUUCCCUUUUGCAGAGGAUGGGGCAACUGAUCAUCCAAUAUUUGACUGGAAGCCCAGCUCAAGUUCUAAACAGGAUGACACCAAAUCGUCGUUUGCACUACUAGAAUCAACUCCUGCUCCAUCUUCCAAGAGUGAAGACUCAUCCAUCACCCCUCCAGAAGCUUGGGGUGGUGAGAGAUUAUCCGAUAAGUAUACUCACCUGCGUCAACCAAUCACUUUUCCAUCUCGCUUUGGGAUGUCGGCUCAGACGUCAGGAUCAAUUUUAUCUGGAUUACCGGAUAUGUCCUUAACAGCAAGUCUUACUAGUAUUAGCUCUUCUGCAAAUUUAGGCUCAAGUUAUCCGAACUUGCGCACGAAAGAUGUGUCUUCCAAUCAGGAGACUUCAUUAGGAUUUCCAGAACACAUUUCCUCGAGUGCCAUGCCUAUGUCCCCUGGUAACAAAGGCAUCAUGGGGCACCUUGAUUCACCAACAUCUUUGGCCCUGCCUCGGAGAUUCUCUACUUAUGCAGAGAGGAUAAGCACUACAUCUUCCUACAAUGACAGAACAUCCCUUGCAGUUGGUUCACCAAAAACAAAGAAAACUGGAGCUGAAGGCAGAGAAGAACUGUUGAACAGCUUGUUGUCAAAGUCAGAUUCAUCAACUGCCACAGAAUCAGGGAUUCUUCCAGCAAUGAAUGGUGGAAGUUCACAUCUCCAAAAUGUGCCUCAGCAAGAUCCACAGCAGGGAAAUUCCUUUACAUUUCAGAUUUUUCAACGUACUCUGGAAGAAACUCUUGAUUGUUUUCAGAAAUCCAUACACGAAGAUAUGAGGAACCUUCAUAUAGAAAUUUUAAGACAAUUUCAUAUGCAAGAGAUGGAAACGUCAAAUGUGAUGAGUGCAAUUCUGGAAAACCAAGCUGAGCUGAUGAAAGAAGUUAAGUCUCUCCGGAAAGAAAACCAGCAGCUCCGGCAAUUGCUUUGAGCACCGGUGAAGAUUGUAUUAUUGUUUCAAUUUUUAUUUUUGUGGAUUUGGGAUAUGUAUGUUGUUUCUGUUUUAUAAUUUGCUCUUCAUCAGUGGGCUUUUGUUCUAUAGGUAGACUAGAAUUGCCGCUCUCAGCCGGUGGGGUGGGGAUAAAAGAAAAAAGGUAGAAAUGCAAGUGUUAUAGGAAGUAGAGUUUGUGAACAUGUACAGAUGUGAUCAUUUCAUGCUAAUGAAUGAAACCUUUGAUUUCGGUGAACAA